CAGCUUGUGGAUUCAAGUGUAUUGAUGAUCGCGUACGAAACUACACCAGAAUGUACCUUUACUCACCGAUAAGAUUUCACAUGUAUUCCAUCUGAUCUUAGACAGUCGUGCACUGCUCAGCGUUUUUCCAUGCUCACUUAUUAAACUCCUCUGUGCAGGUUUAUCUAUCUUCCCGACGCCCAAGCUAUGUCAUUUAAAGAACGCGAUUUGCUCUAUCGGUUGAUUAUAAGGUUUGAAUUGUACCAACUAACCAUUCAUGCCCUCAGUCAACUGUUUUAUGAUGGAUUCCAAACGAUGGCAGUAAAUUUGGUGAACCUAGUGAGCCCCUCCACGGCUUGUGGGCCCUCAAACCGGUUGUUCCGCCUUGUAAAGUUGGGAUUGGCCUCAUCUGAAGAGGAACAAGAGAAAGGCGGGGUUAUUGAAGGAGAGUGUAUCGCCCCUGGAACUGGUAUCGACCUUGAGGUAGAAAGUGAAAGCUCUACAAUGGCUCCUGAAGCUGCUCUCUAUGAGACAUGCUACGUUACAGCCCACAAAGCCGCCUGUCGCGCUGCCGCUUUUAACGGAACAGGGCAGUUGGUAGCAACCGGUUCCCACGACUCAUCGAUCAAGAUUCUAGACGUGGAACGGAUGUUGGCGAAGAGUGUAUCUCCAGCCGAUCACCUGGGACAAGAAACGCCUCAGCAACAAAUGGAAACCCAUCCAGUGAUUCGAACCUUAUAUGACCAUACCGCGGAGGUUACUUGCGUGGAUUUCCAUCCUGAUCCUACACUUCAAAUACUUGUCAGUGGGAGCAAGGACUAUACAAUCAAGCUGUUCGAUUUCUCCAAUCCUUCUGUAAAGAAAGCUCAAAGAAAUAUACCGGAAGCCUCACCGAUUCGGACUCUUCAUUUCCAUCCAUCGGGCAACUUUUUGCUGGUGGGUACUCAGCACAAAACCCUACGGUUGUAUGAUGUCCAAACCUGUCGCUGCUAUGUGUCUGCUGUCCCAGAAGAUCAACACCAAAGCUCUGUCAACAUGGUUCGGUGGUCACCCAAUGGGAACGCGUUUGUUACUGCGGGAAUGGAUGGGAACUUUAAGAUUUGGGACGGAGUCUCUUGUCGAUGCGUGAACACUUUCGAGGCUGCACACGACGGUGCGCCUGUAUGCUCUGCAAUGUUCUCUCGCAACGGAAAGUAUAUACUCAGUUCGGGCAAAGACAGUGCUGUGAAGCUCUGGGAAAUAGCUACAGGUCGGUGUCUCAUCACAUACACCGGUGCCGGGACUACUGGGCACCAGACGCAUCGAUCCAUGGCAGUGUUCAAUCACACAGAGGAUUACGUUCUGUUUCCGGAUGAAGCUACGAAAAGUCUUUGUUGCUGGGACUCACGAAACGCCGACCGACAGCGCCUACUUGCUUUAAAUCACAACGGCCCAAUACGCUGCUUUGUACAUUCUCCGACUACAGCUGCGUUCAUGUCCUGCAGUGACGACAACAGAGCACGGUUUUGGUACAAACGACCCAUUUCGGACUAAAUUUGGUCUGUAUCCCCCUCGUUUCCAAUCUGUAUAUUUGAAUGCAUACGUCAUUAAUGACAUCUGAGCGUUUAUUUCUCUUUCCAUAGAAGUUACAGAAGCUGAAAAGAUAGACAUCAUAGGCUACGAGUGGGGAGUAAAGGACAAAACUAUGAUAACUACAUACGAAUCCAGAAGUCUAUAAUUAUUUCCUCAAGCAGCAGUGGCAGGUGCGGCGCGUUGUUUCGAAUGUGAGACAAGUGGCAACGAGUAUUUCCUCCAAAUGGUGCAUAGGGACUCGACCAAUUGUUCUGUCAACACAUCAGUGUGAUGGGGCGUUGGGGCGAUUCGAAGGCGCUCGUCUCCUCUGUCUACUGUUGGGUAGUUGAUCGAUUGCACAUAGAUAUUGUGGUCUGCAAGCAGCUCCACAGAAAUCCGGGUACAUAACUCAGCAUCUCCAACCUACAAGGGACACGCCAACAAUGAACGCUUAGUAAGAAAUACAAUCAACUCGAAUGGAUUUUAAGCCAGUAGCACAAAAGUGAAGACUGACUGGUCCCUAAAGUGCUAAAUGUCGAAUUCAAACGGCCGCUAUAAUGGAUGCAGUCUGGGAAUAUAUACUUGAUUCUAACCUGCCACUCGUCAACGGAAUCGUUCGCCAGCCAAAUUUGUUUGAUGCUCACCUUGGAACAAUACAGUGCGUAGAAACUGAAUGGCAUCGGGUAGCAGGUGGUCAGCAAAUGCUUUCGUGUACAUAGCAUUGGACCUUCUGCCACCACACACGAAUAAAAACAAACUCACUUGACCUCACCUAUGUGUACAUAGUUAAACUCCUCUCUAAUGGGCACUGCCG